GUUUGCUCCGGGCAGCUACUGUAAUUAUCUUUUCUUCAGCAGAAGUUUUACGUGUUUUGUCGGACAGACGUUUAUUGGUAAAACCAGUUGAUUUUUCUGUAAAUUCCCGUGGAAUUCUGCGGUCUCAGUGAUAUCUUCGAAUCCCGAAGUAUCACCGUUGACUUGUGCGGAAAGGCUCGUUGUGGAUGUUGCGAACUUGCCGUUAGUUACGAUCGCCUCUGUUGACUGAACUGGUGUAUCUCCUCUUCUUGGAUCUCAAAGUAACAAAAUCUGCCAGAUCCAUUCUCCGCAUGCAUUGUUGAUUGUUAAUGUUCCCAACUUCCCACCAUGAUACGUUCCAUCCACUCUCUCCCGUGUACGAAUUUGCUGCGAAUCCAAGACGUGUUCAGGUUGGGAUGCAGAACCUGCCAGUAUUACCACACCGUCGGCUUUCCCUUCGCGAUAUCGACACAAAGCUCGUGGCAGUGGUACGUGAAGCGCAGCGUCGUUGCGCGAAUCACGCAUGUCCGCUGUGCGAGCACGACGCAGCCCGCCGAAGGCAGUGCGACGCCGAAGAGCAUCGAAGAGUCGGACCGGGCCAAGGCGGAGGCGAAGAGGAUGCGGCGGGUGCCGAUCGACUACAGCCAGGCCUACACGGACAACAACUACAUUCCCGCUGUGCGUGCCCUGACGGACUACCUUUUGAAACCCAAAGAUCUGGAGAAUCUGCGGAAGACCACACGACGCAGCCCGGUGACGGAUACCCCUCCUUUGACCGUGUAUUUGAGGAAAGAUGUCGAGCAACGAGCAGUUGAAGUCUGGGGAAGUAUGGAAGCUCUGCAGCGAGAAAAGAAGAAAAAACGUGAAGCCGAUGUGGAAUACAAUUUGCAGGUUUCUAACGUUAAGCGUCUUUUGCGGGAUAUUGCCAGAGGACGCGGCCAAGAAGGGAAACAGGAAGAUCGAGAUGCUUUUCAGAAUGAUAUGUUGAAAGGAUCCAGGAGAGUUGUAUAUUCCGCUAUUGUGAUAAACGCCGCAAAUUUUGCUUUCAAGUUUUUGGCCUGGUUAUACACGGGUUCGCACAGUAUGUUUGCUGAAUCUAUCCAUUCAUUCGCGGAUACCUGCAAUCAGAUUAUUUUGGGCGUUGGUCUGAUGGGAUCCGCAAAAAAACCGGAUCGACUGCAUCCAUACGGAUAUUCUAGUUUGCGGUAUGUGUCUUCCUUGGUCAGUGGCUUGGGAAUUUUCUUCUUUGGAUUUGGAUUAUCUGUCUACCACGGAAUAAUGGGUUUAAUCCAUCCGGCACCGGUGCAGUCGUUAUAUUGGGCAUUUUUUGUUUUGGGUGGAUCCCUUUUAUCGGAAGGAGGCACAUUGAUGGUUGCACUUGGGCAAAUUCGCAAACAUGCGCGGCAACAAGGGGUUACUGUAUGGAAUUACGUUUUGCGUGGUCAGGACCCCAAUGUUAACGUGGUUCUACUGGAAGAUCUAGCGGCCGUCCUCGGCGUGGGUAUUUGUGGAUUGUCCAUGGGUUUGGCCACACAUUAUAACAGUCAUCUACCAGACUGUAUCGGAUCACUGUGCAUUGGAGGUUUGUUGGGGGCGGUGGCUUCUUUUAUUAUUUACACCAACACUGUCGCUCUUGUGGGAAGGUCAAUUCCGCUGGAUUUACAGCAGGAUCUAACGAAAGUUCUGGAAAGCGAUGUCCUUGUACGAUCGGUGUAUGAUGUGAAAGCGAUUGAUCUUGGUGGGCUGAAUAUUCGCUAUAAGGCGGAAAUUGAUUUUGAUGGUCGCCAGUUAACACGCUCAUAUCUCGAUAAGCAGGAUAUGGAAAGGAUGAUGGAGGAAGUGCAGAAUAUUAAAACGAUCGACGAGCUGGAGAAUUUCAUGAGUAAACACGGCGAGAACAUUGUUGAUCUGCUGGGAUCCGAAGUCGAUAGAAUCGAAGCCAAUCUCAAGAAAAAAUAUCCGGAAGUACGCCACGUUGAUCUUGAAGUUCUGUGAUGUAAAUACCGUAUACGGAAAGAUUUUAUGCAUUUGAUUACCUUGGAUGUUGAACAGUAUGGUUGCUUCCGGGACAUGCCUUUGGAACUUGUUGGAAGAUUUUAUUCUCCUGUUUUUAUUUGUUAGAAAUUGAACAUUAUUGUUUAUAUGUAUGCGUCUGUUUGGUCAAACCGUUUGAAAUCCCGGUCCGGUUUGUAACAAAUUUGUUGUGUUAAAGUGAUCUGAGCCAUCGGUAACAAGGAAACAAGGAGCAGAUGGGCACUGGGCAGUGUAUAAAAGUUGGAUUGUGCAUGCACAUGCAGUUAAGCACGCAUUCGCCUUUGAUCAAGUAAAUUCGGCAACUUGUAUUUUAGGCCCGAACUCUC